AUGCAAACAACUCCUGAUGGAUAUCUUCUUCCAUGUCCCGAAACGACGUCUGAAUAUUAUUCUGAAUCAUCUUUAAGUUUUGAUAACGAUUAUCAAUCAUCAAGUUCUGAAUUAGAAAACCUUUCAAAAAUUUCGAUAAUUCCAUCAGAGUCGACUGGUGACCAAGUUCCUAACUUUACAUCUGAUUUUACCCAAUCUGAAGAAUUUUCAGACACCGAUGCUAGUAAUUCUAUUCUUGCUUCUCAGUUAAAUCCAUCAGUUUCCCAUUAUGAGGAUUCCACCACGUUAUAUUAUAUUUCGGAGAUUUCAACCCCUGAUGAUUCUUCUGCUCUUUUACAAACUUAUUUCAGUACAGCUGAUAUCUCAUCUAACGUUGAAGAAGCCUCAACAACCGAAUCUGCAUUUACUGAAGAGCCUUCUGUCAGUUUUUAUUGUAUUUUCCCAAUGAAACGUGAUGAAUCAUUUGAUUCCUGCAAUACCGCUUGUAAUUCAUUAUCCUCUGUUGUAUUAGAAAAUGGCAAUACAUGUUCUACUCUUGAGGAUAACCUUGAAGCUCUUUCUGUUUGCAUUCAAUGUCAACCCCUGUAUCCGGACCAAAUAUUUUUGGAUUCAUCUAUUCUCGGUAAAUACGAAGAAUGUGAUAUAGAAAUUAUUUCAUGCUCUUUUAUUUCUGAAUCUAAUAUUAAUGAGGGGGUUUCCACAGAUUCUUCACUUUUUGAAAGUUUGAUAUCUUCUGAUGACGAUGUUGUUAAAAGCUAUUCGUAUAGUUCAUUCAGAACUAAUGAUUUUUCUAUUUCAUAUUCCGUAAUAUCGGAAAGAUUUUCUGUUUCUGAUACCUCUGUUUCAGAUCAAGGUUAUAGUACUCCUGAUAUUUCUUCCAAAUUGAGUGAUUCUAUGACUUCUUCAAGAUUGUUUUCUUUGGAUUCAGACGUUUUGACAAAUGCGGAAUUUUCUUCUCACUCUACUUCUUAUUCAUUUGCUGAAACUAUUUCUAAUUCAGAUGAACUUAUUGAUUUAUCUUCCAAACUUAAAGAAGAUUCAACUGAAGACUUAGUUAUGAGCUCUGAUUUUGAAACAUCAUUUGGUUUCACUGUUUCUCUAACUACAGACCCUAGUGCUGAUUAUACAGUAGAUUCUGUUUCUCAAUCCACAUUUGGAGCAGGAUCUGUUGAUUCUAACUCUGUUUCUAGUUCUGGUAUUAUUUCAGAUUCCUUUUCUGAAAUAAUUAAUAGUGUCACUUCGCAAAGCUCUUCUGUGCCUUCUUCCAGUUCUACUUCUGAUGUUCUUUCUGAUACUUUUUCUACUGAAAUAUCUGAUCCUACUUUUAUUUUCACCUCAGAUUUCACCGAAAAUUCUACUUUUGAUCCAAUUCCUGAUUUAAUUUCUACAUCUUCCUCUGCUACCACAUCGCCUAAUUCUAAUACACAAUUUGAAAGUAGUUAUGAUUCUGAUUAUUUUGCAUUUUUUAGUGAAAAGUCUUUUGAUUCAGUUUCUCUUAUUUCAACUUCUGAAAUUUCCGAGACCAGGUUUAUAAUAGUCACUAAGACCUCAACAGUAACUGCAACUGCGACCACAACGGUUUGUGAACAGAAUGGUUCUUGUUCAGAAGAUUUCACAACCGAAACUCAUACAACCACAUAUUGCGAAACUGAGACUAUGACUGAUGUUUCAACUAAGCAAAGCACUGUGACAGCUACCUCCACUGAGAUUCAAAUUAAAACAGUGACAGUUUGUGAUAAUAAUGGUUGCAAUGAAUUAGUUACGACAGAAAUUUAUACUACCAUGGUUCCUAAAACUGAGGCUGUAACUCAAAGUCAUGAGAUUUUUACUGAUAUUGAAUUAGACACCAUCAUCAACACAGUUACAAGUACUCAGAUAAAAACAAUUACUAUGUGCAGCACAGGUGAAUGUAAAGAAACUCCAACAACUGAGGUUUUCACCACCACCGUUCACGAAACAGCUCCAGUAUUUAAAGGCACUGUUUAUGCUAAAAGCACGGAAUACAUUGUUAUAACCAAAACUUCAACCAACAUUCAAACUCAAACCAUCACUACUUGUGGCUCUGAUUUCUGUAAAGAAACACCUAUUACCAAGGUUGAUACAACCACAAUUUAUGAAACUUUACCUAUAUCUACUACAGUUGUUUCUCCUACAACUACAGAGCACUCAAUUGUUACUAAAACUUCUACUAUCGCUCAAACUAAGACCGUUACAUUUUGUGAUUUUAAUGGAUGUAAGGUAGCACCUACAACUGAAAUUUAUACUACUACAGUUUGUAAAACUGUUCCAGUUGUUGUUUCCUCUACAGCUACCGAAAACAGACUUGUCACCAAAACUUCUACAGCUUCUCAAAUUAAUAGUGCAACUAUCUGUGAUUCAAAUGGCUGUAAUGAAACUCACACUACUGUGGUUUAUCCCACUACUAUCUAUGAAACUGAGCCAAAUUUUGAAGGAACUUUUUCCUCUAAUGGAGCUGUUAAACCAACAAAAACCUAUCCAACAUCAGUUGCUGUUUCAACUGUCACCUUGGCUUCAGCUAGUACUGUUUCUUUUACUACAAUUGAGGGACCUAAGUAUGUCGCCAAACUCUCAGAUGGUAUCCAGACAAAAAUUGUCACCGUGUGCGACUCACAUGAUUGCAAAGAAAUCCAAACUACUGAACUCUUUACUAACAGUGUAUCUGAUUAUGGGCAGAUUUCAGAAACAUCAACCAAAUUCACUCAACAGCCAAAAUCAGCCUUCGAAACCAGAAUCCAAAUCGUUACAAAAACGUCUCUUGAAACAAAAUUGGGAACUGUCAGUGUUUGCAAUGACCACAUUUGUACAAAAUCUUUGGAAUCAAGUAUUUACAAAACUGGGUAUCAUGAGACAGUUGUUCCAACCGCAGAAGCAGCCACUUCAUUUACUUAUGUUGCCUCUGUUAUUAGCUUUGAUACUGGUAUAUCAGAGUUGACUUCAGAACAAGUUAAGACAGUUACUUUCUGCGAUUCCAAGUCAUGCAUUGAGUCUGCCACUACAGAAUUUGUUACACUAACUACAAAGAGUGCUGUUCCAGUAGGAUCUUCAGUGAAUACAAUUUCUAAUUCUUUGGAGAAACCGGCUUCAAACAUUUAUUUCACAACUUUACAUGAGGCCAGUACAGUUACAGUUUGUAGAAGUGAGAGUUGUACAACAAUUGUGACAUCCACUCCAGUUACAAAGACUAUUAAUGAAUUGAUCUCGGAGAGUACUGAGGUUGUCAGGACAAAAACACUAUCUUCACCAUACUUUUUAUCAAGUUUAAUUGAUUCACCUAUUAUUUCUCCUUCUACUUUAGAGGAUAAAAAUAUUUUGGCUCUGACAACUAUUUCAAGUUUUGUUAGUGAGGGUGGUAAUUCCUAUAAUCCUAAACAAACCGAUACGGCUCCUUUAACAAAAGUUGAGACUGUGUCACCAGAAACUCAAACAACAAUUGAGUAUCAAGUAUCAUCAACCAAAUCUAUUGGAAACAAUACUGAAAUUGCACAGGUUUCAAGAACUGGCAAUUCUCAACUUACUGGUAGCAACACUAUUGAACAAGUAAAUGGUUCUACCAAAGGUUUUCCGCUUUCUUUGAUCUUAAUUUCUUUUGCUUUUAUUACCUUUAUUUUAUGA